CUGCGUAUCCAUGACAGCCGUAUUAUUGUUGUCACUGGCGCUAACUUUAGCACGAAGGUGGCGACAGCUCGCCCCGCUCACGUUAUAUUUUAAAAUGUAAAACGUAGCGUUGAUUGAUUGGCAGCUUCCGGGCCGCGCGAGACGCUCAUUAUGAAUAAAUACACACCGCUAUCCGUGCCUUGUUGACGUUUCAUCUGUCCGUCCACGUAACGGCAGCUAGCUUACAGCAUCCUCCCAACCGGAGCUCGUGUAGCCAAAGGCGCGUCCAGCUCCCCCUUCGCUCUCGGGGCGUUUUUAUCUGCGGACCGGAGGAAAUAUGUUGGACCUUCGUCUGAACAGUUCCCAGCGAGUCCAGGACGUGGAGGCGAGCAGGAGAGACGAGGGCCUGAGCCCAUAACACGGAGGACACGAGGGAGAAUGAUUUCACGGUACAAUAGAAGACCCGUAUCGCACAAGCUUGAGAUACGUGGGUUGUCACGCAGCAGCCUUGACCACCACCCUCUCCCAGAGGAAGCAGACGAUAACCAAACGCCUCAGCGUUACCUCCAUGACCUCCAGGAAGCUGUCUCCGCUCACAACAGCUCAGAGACGUCUGCUGCCUCGGGCCACUCCGACUGCCCCACCGUCAUUUCAGUGGACUCCAACCCGUCCUGGUCAGGCAUCCACAGCUCCACAGGCACCGGCAUCUCCACAGAGAGGAGCUCUGUUUUCUCCUGGGGCUACGAUGAGUUCGACAAGGCAGCGUCACGGCAGGUGCAGCAGAUGUUUGAGGAGAUCGACAAAGAGCUGUACGAGGGGAGAGGCAGCGGGGGAGGGAUCCUCCAAGGGCUGCAGGAAGAGUGUCAGCAGUGGGCCACACGUUUCCCACAUCUCCGAAUCCUGGGGAAUCAGCUGAUGUGUCCCAGUGACGAGGGCUUCCAGUGGUAUGCUACUUCAGGGGAAGGCAGCUCUGCCGGCUGCCCGUCGUCAGCCAAAGAGAGCAGUGUGAAGUCCCAGGAGAAAGAUAAGAGUGGCACAGAGUUGACCGUGCAAGGCAGGAGAGCGGUGCUGAACGAGGCCUCCUCAGCACAGUUGGAUGAGCCUCCUGGCACCUCCGGUGGCUCCAGAAGCCCCGACGAGCCGAGAGUGAUUGAAGUGGAGGGCCUGAUGGAGGAAUACCUGGCUUUCGAUAGCAGGGACUUGGAGGACGACUGGGAGCAGGAUUGUUCGGAGUCGGGUCGGAGGCAUCGUUCUCUGCCCCCUGUCUCUCCAUACCGGUGUCGCCGGCAAGCUGUUCUCGACCUGCUGUUUGAUGAUGUGUGGUGGCAGCUGGUUGGCUGGAUGAAAGAGCUGGUUCAACGCCACUGGGAAUGCUGCACCUCAAGCGAUGAAAAGAUUUCUGGGAUCUUAAGCCCUGUGCCGCAGGACUCCCAGAACCCCUUCAUGCUGCUCUCCAUGCUGCCGACGAUGCUGCCCAAACUCGGCCAGAGCAAGGUGCCCCCCCUCACAGCUGGACUGCAGUUUCAGAACACAAAGUCAAGGGGCUCAAAGCACAAGUCCAGACGGAAAUCCAAAAAGCAGAAAAGGCCUUCCACUGCGGGAAGGGUCCCAGUAGGAGCAGCAGUAACCCAGCACAACCUGAAUGACCUAAUCGUGAUCCACAGCAUCCCCCUGCAGCAGAGGAACCUUGUUGUGCUGGAAAGAAACCAGGAGCCAGAGGACCGGGCGGCUCACAGACCAGGCUCCAGCGUGGUCCCCUCCAGCAAACUGCGGCCUCGCAGAGCCCUGGAGCAGAGCUCUUCCUCGCUGUCCCGCCCGGCACAGUCUGCACGACGUAGAAACCCUCCUCCCCGGACCCUCCUGCCACUGGUUCCCAGUCUGAGUCAGUCCUGUGCAGCGGGAUCCAUGGAUGAGGUCAUCCGUGGGACACGUCUACCCACAGCCAGCGACUGCCUGACGUCUGCCUUGUUGCCUCUGAGCAGGAACACACUGCUUCCCCCCAUCAGCACCGGAGACCCCGAGUCAUCUCACCCGGGGCAGCAGUGCAAACCGGCACAGCGUCAGAGAGGCCUGUCCAGCCGCGCCCACAGUGCUAUAAAUGACGAGGCCGGCAGUUCAAUACCAAGGGAUCGCCACCACCUACUGGACGUCUUCUCGCGGCCCAACACCACCCACACAUACAGGUCCGACACUCCUUACCGUCGUUCCUUCACAGUGUUGGACAACAUCGGGCAGGGGCGGCCAGGCAGAGCCUCUGUAGCCACAGACUCUCUUGGCAUCGGUGUGACGGGCAUCAGUCUUGGCAUCAGCAGCUCAUCUUUCUUGGACUCGUUUUCCCACCACCCCAUGGGACACUCGCCCAUCAAAGACGAAGAGGAGCCAGACCCACAAGCCCCUGUCCCGGCGACCCUGGUGCCUGUAUUGGUCCCACCUCGCUCUUACACCAGGGGAAGCAUCUCAACCAGAGCCAGCAGACCUGGCUUGUAGUUGGCUUCCAAACCCUUCAGCCAUUCAUCUUUAUUCACCUCAACAAAAUGCAACCCGCUGCAGCAUAUGCGCCCCCUUUUUUUUUUAUUACAGAAGUAGCAGAUUUUCUUUCAUAUUAUGCUGCUUUGGUAAACUUUUUUUUUUUUUAAGGCCUAUUUUUGUAUUUCAGAUAUCAGCUUAUAUGGCUGCCAAACACACAGACACUUCAUGUGCAGCAUGAGCUGUAUGUGUGGCCAUGUGUACUUUGUAUGUAUGAUCGGAAUGUAUAUCUAUUUAUGUGAAUGUACAGUAUAUUAUCCUCCGUGUUGUGUUGGUAAAUGACUAUGCGGGGAACAACACAUCCCUCUAGACAGGGAUAGAGAGGAUAACAAGCACUUUCUUGUCUCUCUGAUGCUACAUCAGAGUUUGGUACUGUAUCUUUUAUAAGGACACCAUUUUCAACUCAGUUUAAAAUCCUAUUAAUCAGAAGAGGGAAUAUGCUGGCUGAACAUCUCUGUAGCCCAAAUGCUUUUACAUCUACACCUCAAGGUACAUGUAUAAAUAGAAGAAACUGUAAAUAACUAAUUCAUCAUGUCUGUAUAAAUGACUGUAUUUGAGGUACAUUUUCCUUAUAACCUGAGCAAAGCCAUGUGGGGAUGCUUAGACAGGUAACAUCAGGGUCACUGCACGAAGGGUAGUUUCCCCUUCAUUCGUUAAUAAAAUAAUUUAUCAUGCUACACAUGUGACAAAGCUUGAAAAUCAAAGCUUUUCUUCGAUGCAUUUUAUUUUUAUUUGAUACAAAAUAAAUAUUAAAAAGCUGUGUACUGAUGAAGUAUAUAAAUAUG